GUAGAUUGAUUGAAUUCGAUGAAGGUGAACAUUCGUGGUUUUAAGAAUUUGUGAAUUAAAAUAGAGUUGAUAAAGUGAAAAUGUCUGAGAAUCCACAAUCAAUCGAUGUACCAUCCUCGUGCUCAUCAGAAAGUGAUACAAAUGAAAGACCUGAAACUGAAAAUGGAACUGUUUAUUCACAUGAUAGUGGCUAUGAAAAUGAAUGCUGUCCUGCAUCCCCGAUUACGGUGCCAUCCUUAAGACCACGUUUGAAUUCUGUUAAUAAGCCGAGACGUCAACGGACCACGUCUACGAGUCAAAAUACUAUUAGAGCUAAUGAAGCAAUCAUUAGAUGCAAUCAACGAACAAUUUAUACAGCUGGCCGUCCACCGUGGUAUAACACUCAAGGACAGCAAGUGGAGCCAUUUGUUAUUGGAAUUUGUGGAGGAAGUGCUUCUGGAAAGACGACAGUUGCUCAGAAAAUUAUUGAAAGUCUGGAUGUUCCAUGGGUCACACUUUUGUCCAUGGAUUGCUUUUACAAAAUAUUGAAUCAUAAACAGCACGAAGCAGCAGAGCGUAAUGAAUAUAAUUUCGAUCAUCCAGACAGCUUUGAUUUUUCACUCAUGAUUGAUGUCUUGAAGAAAUUAAAAGAAGGACGUAAAGUGGAAGUGCCAGUUUAUAAUUUUGUGACACAUUCGCGAGAGAUUCAUACAAAGACUAUGUAUGGUGCUAAUGUCAUUAUAUUUGAAGGAAUAUUAACGUUCCAUAGUGCUGAAGUUUUAGAGAUGUUGGAUAUGAAAAUUUUUGUUGAUACAGAUGCUGAUAUAAGAUUAGCAAGACGUUUAAAACGUGAUAUAUCACAGAGAGGUAGAGAUUUAGGUGGAGUAUUGAAGCAGUACUCGACAAUGGUGAAACCGAGCUAUUCCAAUUAUAUUGCACCAACAAUGCAGCAUGCCGAUAUUAUAGUUCCAAGAGGUGGUGAGAAUAUUAUUGCCAUUCAGCUAAUUGUGCAGCAUGUGAAUACUCAAUUACAAUUGAGAGGAUUUAAAGUCAGGGAACAUUUAGCACAUUCGGAAAUGCUAGAUUUACCUAUGCCAAGUUCAUUAUUUUUACUGCCAGAAACACCUCAGAUAAAAGGCUUACAUACAUUUAUACGAAAUGCAAAUACAUCCAGAGACGAAUUUAUCUUUUAUUCCAAUCGUCUCAUUCGACUGGUUCUAGAAUAUGCUUUAAGCUUAAUGCCAUUUAAAAAUGUAGCUAUAGAAACACCUCAGGCAAUCAGCUAUGACGGGAAGAGAAUGGCUAGUAAUAGAAUUUGUGGCGUGUCGAUUUUAAGAGCUGGCGAGACAAUGGAACAAGCUGUUUCGGAAGUCUGCAAGAAUAUUCGAAUAGGAAAGAUACUUAUUCAAACAAAUCAGUCAACUGGUGAACCUGAGUUAUAUUACCUACGUUUGCCGAAAGAUAUCAAGGAUUAUCGUGUAAUCUUAAUGGAUGCUACAGUGGCAACUGGCGCUGCUGCAAUUAUGGCAAUUCGAGUAUUGCUUGAUCAUGACGUUCCUGAAGAAAAUAUUCUAUUAGUAUCUCUUUUAAUGGCCGAAAUUGGUGUUCAUUCUAUUGCAUAUGCUUUUCCUAAGGUUCAAAUUGUUACCUCAGCCGUUGAUCCGGAGAUUAAUGAUAAAUUUUAUGUUAUUCCUGGUAUUGGGAAUUUCGGGGAUCGAUAUUUUGGAACCGAACCAAACAGUGAAUAUUAGUAAUUUGUAUACAGCACAGAUGAAUCAACAUGAACUUGUGUUUUUAGAUUCUUAACUACUUACGUUCA